AUGGUGACGCGACAGUAUCUGAUUGGUCUUCCCAUUGUGAUGUUUGGAGCAGGUGAUUGGCCGUCUUCAUCUACCUCGGAAUUUACGGCAGGUGAUUGGUCGUCUUCAUCUACCUCGGAAUUUACGGCAGGUGAUUGGUCGUCUUCAUCUACCUCGGAAUUUACGGCAGGUGAUUGGUCGUCUUCAUCUACCUCGGAAUUUACGGCAGGUGAUUGGUUGUCUUCAUCUACCUCGGAGUUUACGGCAGGUGAUUGGCCGUCUUCAUCUACCUCGGAAUUUACGGCAGGUGAUUGGUCGUCUUCAUCUACCUCGGAAUUUACGGCAGGUGAUUGGUCGUCUUCAUCUACCUCGGAAUUUACGGCAGGUGAUUGGUCGUCUUCAUCUACCUCGGAAUUUACGGCAGGUGAUUGGUUGUCUUCAUCUACCUCGGAGUUUACGGCAGGUGAUUGGUCUUUUUCCGUGAACAGUAUGGAUUUCUAG